AUGUCUCACAGAACCUCUGGAGACCUCAUAGUGCCCGACCUCGACGCGCAGGAUGUUUGCAUCCAGUUGCAGAUCCGUUACGCCUGUGGUCACUCGGCAGGCGGCGAGUUCAUUAAAUGCCAACGGCACAUGGACAAAGAGGACGAACGCUGCGUUGGCCGCCAAAUCAAGCACAUCGACGUCAAGAAUUCACCACACAAGUGUCGCCUAUGUCUGCGAAGUGAAUGA